CGGGAGGAACGCGGGCGGAAAAGGAAACGGGGCUGGGGGGCCCGAGCCUGCCGCCGCCCGGGGGGGCUGGGGGCCCCCGUGCCCCCUGCCUUCGCCCCUGCCCCACCAUGUGCCCGCCGGCCCAUGGGGGGAGCGGAGGCAGGAAGGGGCCGGAGGGCAGGUACCCGCUGCACUACCUCGUCUGGCACAACCGCGCCCGCGACCUGGACCGGGAGCUCAGCGCCAAGCAGGCUGACAUUGAGCAGCUGGACCCCCGAGGACGCACACCCCUGCACCUGGCCACCACGCUGGGCCACCUCGAGUGUGCCAGGGUGCUGCUGAAGCAUGGUGCCGAUGUGGGCAAGGAGAACCGCAGUGGCUGGACAGUCCUGCAGGAGGCUGUGAGCACCCGUGACCUGGAGCUGGUGCAGCUGGUCCUGCGCUACCGUGACUACCAGAGAGCCAUCAAGCGCCUGGCUGGGAUCCCCAUCCUGCUGGAGAAGCUGCGCAAGGCCCAGGACUUCUACGUGGAGAUGAAGUGGGAGUUCACCAGCUGGGUGCCGCUGGUGUCCAAGAUCUGCCCCAGUGACACCUACAAGGUGUGGAAAAGUGGCCAGAACCUGCGGGUGGACACCACGCUGCUGGGCUUUGACCAUAUGACCUGGCAGCGGGGCAACCGCAGCUUUGUCUUUCGGGGACAAGACACCAGCGCAGUGGUGAUGGAGAUCGACCACGACCGGCGGGUGGUCUACUCAGAGACGCUGGCCUUAGCCAGCCAUGACCAGGAGGUGCUGCUGGCUGCUGUGCAGCCCACCGAGGAGCAGGUGAUGGGGCGGUUGACGGCCCCCGUCGUCACCACCCAGCUUGACACUAAGAACAUCGCCUUCGAGAGGAACAAGUCCGGGAUCCUGGGCUGGAGGAGCGAGAAGACGGAAAUGGUGAAUGGGUACGAGGCCAAGGUCUACGGCGCGUCCAACGUGGAGCUGAUCACGCGGACACGGACCGAGCACCUCUCGGACCAGCACAAGGGCAAGAGCAAAGGCAGUAAGACCCCUCUGCAGUCCUUCCUGGGCAUUGCCGAGCAGCACGUGGGGCCCAACAACGGGACGCUGAUCACGCAGACCCUGAGCCACGCCAACCCCACUGCCAUCACCCCCGAGGAGUACUUCAACCCCAACUUUGAGCUGGGCAACCGGGACAUGGGGCGGCCCAUGGAGCUCACCACCAAGACACAGAAGUUCAAGGCAAAGCUAUGGCUGUGCGAGGACCACCCGCUGUCCCUCUGCGAGCAAGUUGCCCCCAUCAUCGACCUCAUGGCAAUAAGCAAUGCGCUCUUCGCCAAACUGCGGGACUUCAUCACCCUGCGCCUCCCGCCCGGCUUCCCUGUCAAGAUCGGUACGGGGGGGGGUCUUUGCUGCCAGCAUGGGUGGCACAGCCAGCUUCCCUCCCUGCUUUUGGUUUUUCCCUUUCCCGCAGAAAUCCCCAUCUUCCAUAUUCUCAACGCCCGCAUCACCUUUGGGAACCUCAACGGGUGCGAUGAGCCCGUCAGCUCCCUGCGGCACAGCCCCAGCAGCGAGGCACCCUCGCCCAGCAGCGACUCCUCCAGCGUCAGCAGCUCCAGCUCCCUGACCUCGUGCCGGGUGUGUGAGAUGGACCCGGCGCUGUUUGAGGUGCCGCGGGGGUACAGCGUGGUGGGCACCCACCAGGACGCCCUGCGGGAGGACGAGGAUGACCUGCUGCAGUUUGCCAUCCAGCAGAGCCUGCUGGAAGCGGGCAGCGAGUACGACCAGGUGACCAUUUGGGAAGCACUGACCAACAGCAAGCCGGGCACCCACCCCAUGUCGCACGAGGGCCGCCGGGGAGACAGGUUGGACUCCCCAGCACACGGCAGCUCCCAGGCCCCCCGUUGCCCCAGCCCCAGGGGGCGGCAGGGGGCCCAGCGCCCUGUUCCCCAGCUAUGCGGAGCAGCUACGGCUGGCCAUGGCACUGUCGGCGCGGGAGCAGGAGGAAGCCGAGCGCCGGACGCGGCAGGAGGAGGAGGACUUGCAGCGGAUCCUGCAGCUCUCACUAACGGACAAGUGACCCCGCGCCCCUGCUGAGCCCCCCCACCCCAAUGGGGCUGGGGACGCGGCCGGUGCCGUGUAUGGAGACACGGAGGGGGACUGGGGUGGGGGGAGCCAGCCCAAGAACUGCGGAGGGCAAAGGGGGAGGGGGGUGCAGGAUUUGGCCCUGGUUGAGGGAAAUCGUCCCCAUAGCCGGGGUGGUGCUGGGGGGGGGGGAGCACCCCACAGCAGGAUAGGGUGCGGGUGGGUGACAGCCCUGCAGCUGGGGUGGCAGGGACCAGGGGGGACAACCCUAUGGACUGUACCCCACCCCUGGGACAGUCCUAGCGCCCCCCCAACCGUCCUAUGGGGUGCUGCUCAGCCCCUCGCCCCGGGAAGGCGGUGAGGGGCACAUCCUGCCCCAGAUGGGGGGGGCCUACUGGUCACAGGGGGCCCUGGGGUGCCUGGGAGCCCCCCGGGGCCAUCCCAGCCCCCUCGGCCCCCCUGCCCAGGCGCUACCAAGUGCACUUACCCGGGAGCUGCUCUGCCUGCCAACGGGGGGGGCUCAGCCCCAUUGCACCCCACAGCCAGCGCGGGGCUGCACAGCCGCCCCCCACCCCAGCACGGGGGUCUGCUGGGGCAGCCAAGGGGGUGCUUGCAGAAGCCCACCCGGUGUCACCCCCACCUUAACUCCUGCUCGCAACCCCCUCCGCCCUGCUCCGAUGCCCCCCCUCCUUGGCAGCACUGCACCCCCUUGUCCUGGGCGCUGACCCUGAGAGAAACCUUAUGUCAAAUGGUGCUAACCCCCGGCCCCCCCACCCUGGGCUGCUCCUCCUUUGCACACGGGGGGCUGGGGGCUGUGGGGGGGGCUGGGCUCGCUCCCCUGGGACUUUUCGUAGCUGGCGCCCCCCCCUCAUGCACCCCUACAAGCGACAUCUGGGCCAGGGCCGAGGGAGCCUCAGCCGCUCCAACUGCGGCCACCACCAAUAAAUGCUCUUUAACGUU